GGUAUUACGUAAAGGGCAAGCAGAUCUUGUGUACACAAUCAUCUUUUCAAAUGUUUUGUUUUGGGACUAUUCUCGUCUUCUUGGCUGCAGCGUCAGCCUUCCUUUGUCCAGCGCAGGCGGACCUCCCCAGCUGUACCCCUGAGAUGCUCCAGUCCGCCGUCAUGCGCUGCUACGCCACCCACAACAUUCCCGUCGACGAGUUCCAGAGAAACAUCUCCAACAACUGGGUCAUCACCACCAACGCCGCCUACUACAAGAACCUCUGCAACAGCCAACAAAACUACACCGACGCCGGCGCCUGCGUGGCUGCCGAGUACGACCGCUGCUACAUGUUGGACAUGGUGCCCAGCGUCGACGACCCGACCAGGUUCGCCUACUGCGAUGACCCCCUGUUCAGCUUCACCUGCGUGGCCACGACUGACCAUCACUACGUGGCCGUCAGUAACUGUGUUACAGAGAAAAUAAACGCCUCGCUUCACGUUACACCGACGCCAUCCGUCAAUGACGACAUCUGCAACAGUUUACGUAUUGGCAACGAGUGUUAUGUGGCUGAACUACAAAAAUGCGACGCGUACACCGCUAAUGUAAUAAACUCCACAAUGAGCCGAUCUCUGCCUCCUAUUUGCUAUCCGUCUAGCAAUGUUAUAGUGGGAUAAAGUCAUGUAUUAUUUGCUGUGAAAUAAAACUAACUAAACAAAU